GAAGCAGCUUUUCAGCUUCACUGCGUUGACAUAAAUAACCAGGCCAUAUCAAACGAUAAGAUGAUGCGAAGACCUAGAACAACAACUGCUAAGGCGGUCAAAUAUAAAGAAAAUGAAACUAUGGACUCUGACUUGUCUUUUUCUCAGGCGGUGAGUAGCGAUGAGGACAGUGAGGAGUGGAGGCCACCAGAACCAAAGCAAAAAGCUCAAAGUAAGACCCCUAGAGUCCCUGCAACUGGAGAGAAGAAAACAGCGACCAAGAGAACUGCUAAACCAAAAGUGCCCAAAGAGCCUAAAGCUCCUAAAGUGCCCAGAGAUCCUAAACCAAGGGCACCACAAAAACCUGCAGCAGAACGAAAAAUUCAGGCCUCUAAAAGUUCAAAGGAUCCUGCUGUAUCAGGCUUGGCUGCAACCAAAAUGAAAAAAACACAUAAUUUUGGAGGAGACAAAGAAAAAACACAGAAUGACUGUUCAAAGGAAGAAAGGGCCCAUGAGAGUGGCACAAGUAUCAGGAUGAAGGAAGAAAGGGUGUCAUUUAUUGUGUCAGAAGCCCACCAUACAGAUGAAUGGGCAGAUGAAGGAUCAUCACAAGCUGGGGUUAGGGUAAAGAAAGAGGAAGGGACAGAUGAUGACUUCACUUUUGACGAGCCCUGCCUAAAGAAACUGAAGACCAGUGGUACCUGUCGGGGACAACCUCCUGUUUUACCACCACCCAAAGAAGGGCCUCUGAGGAAUGAACUCAAUAUGAACUGGGAUUUGACUGAGCUGCUUUCCACCCUGACAUGUGUGGAGCAAUGGGUGUGUCAAAAUAUCAUUGCGCUGCUUCGUGAGGAGAACACAGUGCCAUUCAUGGUGCGCUACCGCAAAGAGAUGAUUAACCACAUGGAUGCGGAUGCUGUCCGAGACGUCCAGACGGGAUAUGAGGAGUUAUGUUCUCUUGCUAAGAAGACCCAGUCUGUAAUUCAAACCCUAAAGAAGGAUGGGGUUUUGACCACUGAGUUGGAGCAAAACCUGCGGAGCUGCCGAUCAUCUGAUGAGCUGGAUCAUGUGUAUACUCCCUAUAAGAAAGGCAGUAAGCUGACGAAAGCUCGCAGGGCCAAAGCACUUGGCCUUGAAGAGGCUGCCUCUGCACUGAUGACCACACCACACACUCUGGAUCUAAGUUCCUGGGUAAAACCUGGUACUGAAGGUUUGUCAUCUGUGGAAGAAGUAGCCACAGGUGUGGAGCAUAUCUUGGCCGAUAUAAUAGCCAAAGACCCUGAGACACUCACCUACGUGAAGACAUUAUGUGAGAACAGUUUUGUGACCCUCCAGUCUUCUGUCUCUAAGUCAGCACUCAAGGAAAAAGAACAAGAUAAAUCUGACCAAGGAAAGAAGAAAAUGGGGGCUGAGCAAAACAAAAACAAGGAUUUUGACAAGUUUCAUCUUUACUUUGACUUUACCUGCAACAUCCAACGCAUUCAGCCUCAUCAGACGCUGGCGAUUAACCGAGGGGAGAGUCUGAAGAUUUUGACAGUGAAGGUGAACAUACCCGACAAAGUGAAGAGUGAGUUCACCAGGUGGUGCAUCAACAGCAGGUGGAGGCCAAAGACAUUUGCAAGAGAAGAACUUCAUGCAAUCAUUAGGAAUGCAGUCGAAGACUCUUAUAAGAGGCUUGUUCUACCCUUUCUUACAAGGAGCUACAGAACUAAGCUGACAAGUGCAGCCGAGAAGGAGUCGAUUGCCAUGUUUGUGCGGAACCUCCGCCAGCGUCUGUUGGUGUGUCCAGUCAGAGGUUGCGUCAUCAUGGGGGUGGACCCUGGCUUCAGACAUGGCUGUAAACUGGCAAUCCUGUCACCCACAAGUCAGAUUCUCCACACUGAUGUUGCAUACUUGCACAAUUCAGAACAGCAAAGGCAAGCAGAUAAACUGCGCCACCUUAUGAUUAAAUACAGCUGUACCAAAGUUGUCAUAGGCAACGGGACUGCUUGUCGUGAAACAGAGUCCUUCUUUGCUGACCUGAUCUCCAGACGCUAUUUCCAUCCUUUGGAUGUGUCCUAUUGUAUAACCAAUGAGGCAGGUGCAUCCAUCUACAGUGUGAGUCCUGAGGCAGUAAAAGAGAUGCCAGACUUGGACCCGAACCUCAGGAGUGCAGUGUCUAUUGGUCGCCGUGUCCAAGAUCCACUGGCUGAGCUUGUGAAGAUUGAUCCAAAACACAUAGGCAUUGGAACGUAUCAGCAUGACGUGUCAGCCGGAGCGCUGAAGGCAGCGCUGGAUGGAGUUGUGGAGGAGUGUGUGAGCUUUGUGGGGGUGGACAUCAACAUUUGCUCAGAGAUGCUGAUGAGGCAUGUAGCAGGCUUAAAUGCGGGCAGGGCUCGGAGUAUUGCAGAGUGGAGAGAGCAGAAUGGUCCCUUCAUCAACAGGGAGCAACUCAAACUAGUCAAAGGCAUGGGGCCCAAGACUUACCAGCAAUGUGCUGGCUUCAUCAGAAUCAACCCUCAAACUCUCAACAGUGUGAAAUCCUUACCUCAGCCUGCCCAAACAGUGUCAGAAAAACCAGCAGCUAAGAAAGGCAAAGGGAAGACCGGUGUCAACAUACCAACUUCAUUAAACCCCCUGGACCAGACCUGCAUACACCCAGAGUCAUACCAUGUGGCCCAGAGAUUUCUGGCCCUUGUAGGUGGUAGUUUGGACCAAAUAGGGAGUGCAGGCCUGCAACAGUGCGUGGAGAGCAAGGUCAAAGCAAGCUGUAUCGAAGAACUCGCCCGGUCAGUGGACACCACACCAGAGACUCUGAAACUCAUUGUCGAUGGCCUCACACAGCCCCCAGGGUUUGACAUACGACAAAAUUUUGGGCAAGCGGACUUUAAGCGAGGCAUUGUAUCAGUGAGUGAUCUGCGGGUGGGUGCGGUGCUGACAGGUCGGGUGGACAACACAGCUCUGUUUGGAGCUUUUGUAGAUAUCGGUGUCGGCCGAUCGGGCCUCAUCCAUAAGAGCAACAUCACACUGGACAAGCUGCCUGCGAGUCAGCGCCGUCGCAGCCUGGCUCUGGGACCUGGGGAGAGGGUGGAGGUCCGAGUCCUCAAUGUCGAUGUUCAGAGGGGACGGAUCGGGCUGGACCUGAUCAGGGUCUUGCAGUAGAUUCCCAUGAAUAACAAUAUAUAAUUGGGUUGUGUUUUUCAAAGGAAACUACAUGCAAAGCAGUUUGAGAGAUGACUCAGUUAUUGAUGUUUAAAAUUACUUUUGGAUGUAAGCUGAAAAACAGCAAACACGUUUACGUUAACAGGAAACCUGUUAGGUAUAUUUAUAGGAAUGGACUUAAUUCAUCAGCAAAUUGGAAAAAAAAUGAGUGGGGUUCUGCAGUUUAAACUGCGUUAAAGAUGGUCAAAUCAAACUUAGUUACUUAAAUAGAAUUAAAACAAUAUAAUGAAGUGGUAGUUUAUUUGCCUUUUUUCAGUUAUAUCAUUUGUACAGCACUUUGGUCAGCCAUGUUGUUGCUCUAUAAAUAAAGCUGGUAUGAUGUUUGGGAUUAAAAACCUGAUUGUCAAAUUCAAGCAAAAAUCUUUUAACCUGCUGGUUAGACUCUGGUGAGAGAUAGUCCUUUGUUAUUAGCACUUUAACUGUAAUGUUGAUCUUCAUACUUGAUACUAGAACAGCUGUAAUUUAUCUUUAUAAAAUGGAAUUUAAAUAUCAUUUACUGAGUUUAGUAUUCAUACUUGUACUAACGCUUCAAGAUUUUUGUGCUGCUCUGAAAAGUUUGUCAAGACUCAUCUUUGUAUUCUUUGUUGUUCACUGACCCACCAUGUAUGUUAAACAGGUUCAUAAUGAACUCAUAAUAAAAACAUCUUCCAGAUA